AUGAUGGGCGAGGAGCUCUGCGAGCAAAGGCAGGAGUGGGCGUGGCCUGCAGAGCAGGAGAGAAAAAGGGGAGCGAACAACUGUUCACCACAAAUCUUCUACCCAUUCGGUUCAGCAGCAGGAGACUCAAUAAACCCUGCUAUUGAUGAUGGAAGCUCCUCUGUUAUUACACUGUUGAGUUCCUUUCCGUUCUUUGGACGAACAUACCAGCAGAUUUAUGUUAAUAAUAAUGGAGACCUCACAUUCAGCCAGGCUUUUUCACGAUAUGUUCCCUACUCAUUUCCUGCUAAUGGAAGUCAAGAUAUAAUUGCUGGACUCUGGACUGACCUUAAUAACGGAGCAAGUGGAGUCAUCUCUUAUCAUCAAUACACUAGUGGAAGUGUUCUCACUCGCGCCACUCAGGAUAUAAACACGUAUUUCCCAAAUCUGCCCUUCACUGCUUCUUGGGUUUUUGUUGCAACAUGGGAUAAAGUACCUUACCAUCUCUCUACUGCAGAAACAUCUUUUCAAGUGGUUUUAAUUUCAGGCAGUAAUUAUUCAUUUAUUCUGAUGAAUUAUGGAAAUAUUGCUGCAACAGGACGUUCAGUGGAGGCUGGUUAUGACACUGUAAACUCCACAAACUACUUUGUAAUUCCUGAAUCAAACAAUGGGAGCUCUGUCUCAAACCUCAACGCCUCCAGUAAUAUCAAUGUUCCAGGUCAAUGGGUCUUCAGGGUGGACGGUGGACCUCAGACAGGAUCAGGAAUCUUCUACCCAUUCGGUUCAGCAGCAGGAGACUCAAUAAACCCUGCUGCUGAUGAUGGAAGCUCCUCUGAUAUUACACUGUUGAGUUCCUUUCUGUUCUUUGGACGAACAUACCAGAAGAUUUAUGUUAAUAAUAAUGGAGACCUCACAUUCAGCCAGGCUUUUUCACAGUUUGUUCCCUACUCAUUUCCAGCUUAUGGAAGUCAAGAUAUAAUUGCUGGACUCUGGACUGACCUUAAUAACGGAGCAAGUGGAGUCAUCUCUUAUCAUCAAUACACUAAUGGAAGUGUUCUCACUCGCGCCACUCAGGAUAUAAACACUUAUUUCCCAAAUCUGCCCUUCACUGCUUCUUGGGUUUUUGUUGCAACAUGGGAUAAAGUACCUUACCUUUCCUCUACAGAAACAUCUUUUCAAGUGGUUUUAAUUUCAGGCAGUAAUUAUUCGUUUAUUCUGAUGAAUUAUGGAAAUAUUGCUGCAACAGGACGUUCAGUGGAGGCUGGUUAUGACACAAUAAGCUCCACAAACUACUUUGUGAUUCCUGAAUCAAACAGUGGGAGCUCUGUCUCAAACCUCAACACCUCCAGUAAUAUUAAUGUUCCAGGCCGAUGGAUCUUCAGGGUGGAUGGUGGACCUCAGACAGGGUUUGUUUUCUUCAACAGUAACAACAACUACUGCAACACCUACAACAACAACUACAACAACAAUAACAACACCUACUACCAUAACUACUACAACACCAACAACAACAACUAUAACAACACCUACUACCAUAACUACUACAACACCUACAACAACAAUAACAACACCUACUACCAUAACUACUACAACACCUACAACAACAACAACAAUAACAACACCUACUACCAUAACUACUACAACACCUACAACAACAAUAACAACACCUACUACCAUAACUACUACAACACCUACAACAACAACAACAAUAACAACACCUACUACCAUAACUACUACAACACCUACAACAACAAUAACAACACCUACUACCAUAACUACUACAACACCUACAACAACAACAACAAUAACAACACCUACUACCAUAACUACUACAACACCUACAACAACAAGUACUACAACAACAUCUACUACAAUAACUCCAGUACCUUCAACAUCUCCGACAACAACAAUGCCAGGAACUACAACUACUGCAACAACUACGGCAGCAAAUACUACAACAACACCUACUACAAUAACAACUUCAGCACCUACAACAGCAAAUACUACAACACCUACCACAAUAACAACUACAGCACCUACAACAGCAAAUACUACACCAACACCUACUACAAUUACUACUACAGCACCUACAACAAGAAAUACUACAACACCUACUACAAUAAAUACUACAGCACCUACAACAAGAAAUACUACAACACCUACUACAAUAAAUACUACAGCACCUUCAACAAGAAAUACUACAACACCUACUACAAUAAAUACUACAGCACCUACAACAGCAAAUACUACAACAACACCUACUACAAUAACAACUACAUCACCUACAACAGCAAAUACUACAACACUUACUACAAUAACAACUACAGCACCUACCACAGCAAAUACUACAACACCUGCUACAAUUACUACUACAGCACCUACCACAGAAAAUACUACAACACCUACUACAAUAACUACUACAGCACCUACAACAAUAAUUAUAACACCUACAACAACAACUACAACGCCUACUACAACAUCUUCAGUAACUUCAACAUCUCCGACAACAACAAUGCCAGGUAA